AUGGAGAAGUGCCCCACCCGCUAUCUGCGAAGGGAGUUCACAGGGAUAAUGUACCGCGAGAUGGCGCGUGUGUGGAAAUGGAACGGCGGCGGCCAGGCUAAUCCUGGGUUGGUAGACGGGAUAGCCAAUUACGUGUGCAUGAAGGCAAAUCUUGCGCCGGUCGGUCAGUCAGCCAAAUCCAGGUGUGGUGCCAGAUGGGACCAGGGUGGGGACGUUAUAGCCAGGUUUUUGGAUUAUUGUGACAACUUGAGGAAAGGGUUCGUAGCGGAUCUGAAUAUGAAGAUGAAGUACAGCUACAGCAACAACUAUUUUCAGCACCUGUUAGAAAAGAGUGUGAAUCAAGUUUGA